GCGCGGGGACCUGUUGCGGACGGCCGCGGGGAUUGCCCCCUUGGGCAGUGCGGCCCCGAGGAUGCAGACACUGGCCCAGCGGAAGGAGGGCGCGGUGCGAGCCGGGCGGCCCCGGGAGGCCGCAGACCGCCGGGCUCCCCGCGGACACCUCGCACCGGAGGAGGAGAGGAGGCAGCGCCCGGCCAGGCUGGGAGCACCUACGGCCGCGCGGGGGCGGGAGCCAGGUGGCCUCGGCGCGCCCGCCUCGCCCGGGCACCGAGCAGGAAGUGGCUGCGGCGCGGCCCGGGCGCGGCCUCCUCGCGGUGCAACAGGGCGGGGAGGCGGCCGCAGCCCGAGCCGGAGCCCGAGCGCCGGGAGCGAGACCUCAUGGCAGUGUUGGCGCCCGCGGGCCCCGGGGACGCCGCCUCGGCCGCCCUGGACGAGCUGUCACUGAAUUUCACGUACGGGGCACCAGGCGCCGGCAACGGCUCCCUCUCGGGUGACUGGUACCGCAGGAACCAGAUUCACCUUUUUGGAGUUUUGCUGGCUAUUUUAGGAAACUUGGUGAUCAGUAUUUCUCUAAAUAUUCAGAAAUAUUCUCACCUUCAGCUGGCACAACAAGAGCAGCCAAGGCCAUACUUCAAGAGUGUGCUGUGGUGGGGUGGUGUCCUGCUGAUGGCCGUGGGAGAGACGGGGAACUUUGCAGCCUAUGGAUUUGCUCCCAUUACUCUGAUCGCUCCGUUAGGCUGUGUGUCUGUUACAGGUAGUGCCAUUAUUUCUGUUACAUUUCUGAAAGACAAUUUGAGAGCCUCAGACUUACUCGGUACGACACUGGCAUUUGCAGGAACAUAUUUACUGGUGAACUUUGCUCCAAAUAUAACUCAGGCAAUCUCAGCAAGAACAGUACAGUAUUACCUUGUCGGAUGGCAGUUCCUGAUCUAUGUGAUUUCAGAAAUAUUAAUUUUCUGCAUUCUCCUGUAUUUCUAUAAAAGAAAAGGAAUGAAGCAUAUGGUGAUUCUGCUGACCCUGGUGGCAAUUCUAGCCUCAUUGACUGUUAUUUCAGUAAAGGCCGUCUCAGGCAUGAUCACUUUUUCUAUGAUGGAUAAAAUGCAACUAACUUACCCCAUUUUCUAUAUCAUGUUUAUCAUCAUGAUAGCAUCUUGUGUUUUCCAAGUCAAGUUCCUGAAUCAAGCCACGAAACUCUACAAUACAACAACAGUGGUGCCAGUUAAUCAUAUUUUCUUUACAAUCAGUGCCAUCAUUGCAGGUAUCAUAUUUUAUCAGGAAUUCCUUGGUGCUGCUUUUCUCACUGUAUUUAUAUAUCUUUUUGGGUGUUUUCUGUCAUUCCUUGGUGUAUUUUUGGUCACAAGAAAUCGAGAAAAGGAACAUCUGCAACAGUCUUAUAUUGAUUUUGGAAAUAUUCCUGGGAAACAAAUGUUGGACAAAAUACAACCAGAUUCACAUAGCUUAUCCUAUGGAACUUUGCCUGAUGGAAGUGACUCAACAAAGAGCCAAAGUGGAGAGAAGAAAGAGGUCUAAAUGCUGAGAGGGAUGGCUGUUGGCCUGUUAUUCGAUACCACCUUUUUAAAAAAUUGCAUAUGUUCAAUUUGUGUCAGCAGCUCUUUUAUAAGCUGACAUGUGCUAGCAUUCAUUUCAGUCCUUUCCCCCACCUCAGCGUCUAUGGACAAUCGGGGACUUCCUAAGCUCUGACAGUCUAAUAUUUCCAUGGAAUGUGAUUUGGAGUGUUCCCCACACCCUGGACCUCUCCCUAGUGAUUAUCUAGCCAGCUACACCUUACUCAGAGCCCGGCUGCUCUAGCAGGAAUGUUGCACAGAAACAUACAUUUGCGGUUUGGCCACAGGUCGCAUAGGUGGCUUCUCCCACGGGUAGUGUCAGUUGCUUCACUUUAAAAAGUCACUUCAGCCCCACAACCUCACUCCCAAAAGAAAGGUUUGAGAGCGCUCAUUUUUUUUCUAAGACACCUUUUAUAAGCCUCCCUAUAAAAAUCUCACCUUUCAAGUCCUAAAUUAGAAUUGCAAGUCAUCUUUUCUGAAAACUAAUGCUAUCAAAGUCCUCCUUUGAAAAUUAAGGGUCUCUUUAAAAUUAGAAUUUAUAAAUGGCAUUCAGUGAUGGUGUACACCAAAAUUAAAAGACCUUGACUGGUGGGCUUUUUACAUGUAAGAAAGAGGAAGUUUAAGAAGUAGGACUCUGCUUGUUUCAGUAGCCCAUGUACUAAAAUAGGAACAAUGCAGAGAAGAUUAGCACAGCCCCUGCACAAGGCUGACACAUAAAUUCAUGAAGCGUUAGAGACAAAAAGUAGGACUAAUGUUUGUUUAUUUUUUAAUAAAAAUAUAGAAUGGUGAUGUUUUCUUCAGCUGUAUGAUUCUAUCAUGCUUGAAACUGAAGAAAAAUUUAAUAUCCUAUGUCUUUUUUAUAGAUCUUAUAAUUUAUCAGGUGGAUUUAUAUGUCUUAUUCUCCAUAUAGGUCUAAAAAAUCACAUUUAAAUUCUUAGUGAUAGUUUCACUACACAUCAUUUCUUCCCAAAGUCAUUAUCUCAAGCUUUGUAAAUUCUUCUAGAUAAAAGGAGAGUUGUGAUUAGAGAACUGAAUUUCAGCCAUUUAAACCUGUAGACAUAGAAAACAACCCAGUGGUCAAACCUGAGCUUCAAGAGGAAGCCCAAGUCCUCCUGUUUCCUGAAUGGCUUUUCCACUCCAAUUCAUCACAUAUCUGCUAAGACACAUUUGCAGGUAGAAUCCAUAAUAAUAUCUGUUAUUUAUGAUCUACCUAAUAUUUAAAGGAGAAGAAAAGAGGUAGCCUUCGUUGCAGCCAACAUCCAACAAUAAGUCUCACCCUUAAUGACAUUUCAAAGCCUUCAGAUCACUUCUGACAUGUCUGUCCAAUAUCAUUCCAAUCAAUAGUCUUGCAUUUAAAUAGGUUGUUUAACUCGGUGGUAUUGAGACUGUAACCUUAAUGGCUCAGGUCUUUUAGCUUUGUUCUUUGUCAUAAUCUGCACUCCUGGCCAGACUGACCAAACCUGGCUGCAAAGGAAAGAGAUUUGAAUUGAUCACCAAUGUAUGAAAAAUACAGAACCCAUGUCUGGCUCCUAAACUCCUGGUAAUAAUUCCCGCCAUUGUAGCAAGUGUCCCAUGCAUUCAGAUAAAGCAGUCAUAAUUUAUGGUGUAUUUUACCGAAUUGGUCCAGCAUAUUGGUACUACAAGGCUCAGCCAAGAAAUGUAUCUGGUGCCUUAAACUACAGAUUUCUGGUGACUCUUAAAACUGGUUUCAAAGAUUGAGAAAACAAUUAGGUUGAAGAGUUUUGCUUCAAGUAGACCUGCAUUCAUAGCUAGAGUGCAUGAGGUUUUCAGCACUGUAGAAUUUCACACAGGCACAAGCAUAACACCAGUACUUUAGCAGCCGCCAACAGUUGCAUCUAUUAAACGUUUUGAGAAAUGACAUUGACUUAUGCACAUUUAAGCAAUCAACAAUGUUUUAGAAGUCCAGGUAACAUAUAAAAUAUAUUCAGACCUAGUUUUACUUUCCAUAUUGUUGCUCCAAAGUAAGGUAAAUAGGAGUUUUAGUUGUACUGGCUUGUAAGAUUUUUUAAAUUACACAGUGCAUGACCACAACUAAAGCCAACUCAGUCCUUCUCUUGGCAUUGUGAGUUGAGGACCUUUAGCCAACUGUUAGCUCAUCUGACUAUUUGUCUAGACCAAGGGUCGGCAAAGUUUUCAGUAAAGACCCACAGAGUACAUAUUUUGGAGUUUGUGUUGUCUGUACCAACAGACAGACAUGGUGUCUGUCCCAACUACCCAACUCUGCCAUUGUAGCACUAAAGCAGCCAUAGACAAGAUGUAAACAGAAGAGCAUGGCUGUGUUCCAGUAAAACUUUAUUUACAGGCCAGGCAUGGUGGCUCAUGCCUGUAAUCCCAGCACUCUGGGAGGCUGAGGCUGACAGAUCAUCUGAGGUUAGGAGUUUGGGACCAGCCUGGUCAACAUAGUGAAACCCCAUCUCUACUAAAAGUACAAAAAUUAGCCAGGCGUGACGGUGGGUGCCUGGAGUCCCAGCUACCUGGGAGGCUGAGGCAGGAGAAUCACUUGAACCUGGGAGGUGGAGGUUGCAGUGAGCCGAGGUCAUGCCAUUGCACUCCAGCCUGGGCGAUAGAGUAAGACUGUCUCAAAAACAAACAAACAAACAAACAAACAAAAACAAGUGGCCAGUCUGUGAGCUAUAGUUCCCAACACCUGGUCUAGACUCUUCUGCCCUUGCUCUGCAGCUUCUUUCCUGUUGAUUGGGCGUUCAGGGAAGGAAUUUAAAAAGUGACACUCAUGGCUCAUGAAAAAUAAGAUACUUUGGGAGUGUGGAAACAUGGCUUGAUAUUUGCCUUCAGAUAUUUUUGCUCAUAUAAGUUCUAAAUGGAAGUGAUAAGUUCAUUCUUAGGGUCCAAGUUGAAAGGCAGUGGUUCUUUUGUGAACACCACUAACUACAUUCGAAAAGCCUCUCCAAUUCCACAUUCCAAGUCUAUAACAGCUUUGGAAAUGAGUAACAAUGACCUCUCAUGUAGUAGAUUAAAGCAGAGGCCUUUGCCAUAUGAUUGUUUUUGGCUUAAAUGUUUGCUUGCCCUGUAACUGUAAUACUUUGGUUACCAGAAUCACUUGAAAACAAAUACAAUAAAAAAAUUUCUCAAGCAGUGA